AUGAUUAACAAGAGGGUGAGGUUAGGAUUGAUAGCAGUGCUAGUCUUGUAUUUAUUGUACGGCUUUUUCCGCACGUUUUCCGUGCCGGGAUCGUCACACAGAACAGAAUCUUCUUCUUCUAAGUUGCAAUUAAAGAGAGAACUCGAGAUACAUUCCAAUUGGGCUAAGACUGGACUCAAUUUCCAGCCCAACAAAAAGGCAAGAUUACCUAUAGAGACCACUGUGAGACAGCAAUUAUCAUUUCAGUUCCCAUACGAGUCGAGUAAGCCUUUCCAAAAGAAUAUCUGGCAGACAUGGAAAGUCGCUUUAGAUGAUGAUUCGUUUCCAUUGAAAUAUCGUACUUACCAAAGUACUUGGGAUGACAAGAAUCCCGGAUACAAACAUUAUGUAGUGGCAGAUGAUGUGUGCGAAGAGUUGAUCAGCCAGUUGUAUCUGACAGUUCCUGACGUUGCUAGAGCUUACAAUAUCAUGCCCAAGAGCAUCUUGAAGGCCGACUUCUUCAGAUACCUAAUAUUAUAUGCCAGAGGAGGAGUAUAUUCAGAUAUAGACACAGUAGGUUUGAAGCCGAUAGAUAAGUGGGUAUCAAGCAACACUACUUUGUACGACAAACCCAUCAACCCUGGCUUGGUUGUGGGAAUCGAAGCUGACCCAGAUAGACCCGACUGGGCUGAGUGGUACGCCAGACGUAUUCAGUUCUGCCAAUGGACCAUUCAAGCCAAAAAAGGACAUCCAAUGUUGCGUGAAUUGAUCGCUGAGAUCACAGAAAAGACUCUUACAAGAGCUAGAAAGGGACAGUUGAAAAAAGUAUUAGGCAAAGACGAAGGAGGUGAUAUCAUGAACUGGACUGGUCCAGGUAUUUGGACCGAUGCCAUUUUUAACUACAUGAACAACGUUCUUCAAUCACCCGAAAACUUCCAGAAAAAGAAGUAUGACGAAAUAAUCACCUGGAAGAUCUUCACAGGCAUGGAACUGGCCAUAGCUAUCGACGAUGUAUUGGUUCUUCCAAUCACUUCGUUCAGUCCCGAUGUGGGCCAAAUGGGAGCCAAGAACAUGAAUGAUCCGAUGGCAUACGCUAAGCAUAUGUUUCUGGGUAGUUGGAAACAUGACGAGAUCACGAAACCAAAUGUUAAUUAGAAACUGUGUAUAUCAGUUUUAUUUAAUGUACAUACUCUGUAUUUACCAUAUUAUCACAAUGAAUGAAAACCCUUU